AACCUUUGGCCCCACUUAAAUUACUUUAUUCGCAUCUAUUCCCAUGUGCUUCAUUGUCUUGUCUGUAUUCUUCCCCCCGUUUCCUUCCCUGCCUUUUUUGCAGCAAUAUUUUAUUAUCUCUCCGGUUCCUUCUUAGAAUCCUUCUAAAACUCAUCUGCUUCUACUUCAAAACCUCAAUAGCAUCUGAUCAAACGCUUUUUACCUCAUCUUAUCAUCCACCAUGGGAGGAGGAAAUGGGCAAAAAUCCAAGAUGGCGCGUGAGAAGAACAUGGAGAAGCAAAAAGCUGCUGCCAAAGGAAGCCAGCUUGAGUCUAACAAGAAGGCCAUGACCAUCCAGUGCAAGGUGUGCAUGCAAACAUUCAUGUGUACCACAACAGAAGUGAAGUGCCGGGAGCACGCUGAGGCGAAGCAUCCUAAAACGGAUUUAUGCACCUGUUUUCCUCAUCUUAAAAAGUAACAAAUGAAACACCGCAAUAUGAACUGAGAGAUUGAGAUGGCUCGUAGCGAGUGCCAUGUAUCUAUCUUGUAACUUGUUACCCUAUUAUUAGCUUCUUAAUAUCUCUUUCACAAGCCUAUAAACUUACUAGCUGAUUUUACUGUUGCAAUUGUCAUGUUGUGUUCAGUCAUGGCUGUUAAUUGAAUCCAUUCGGAUUUUAAGCAGUCUCUCUUGCAUGUUACUUGGUGUCGAUAUAAUUAAUGUAUUCAAGUUUGUAUAA